AUGUCAACAUCAGAGAACACAACAACUGCUAUCGUUCAUGAAGCUAUAAAUGAAGAAUAUGAGUGGGUUCAGUUUAACAAACAGUUACGUCUCAUUCGUUCGGUCAAAGACGAUAUGUACCAAAUGCAAAGUAUUUUGACAGCAUGUUUUGCUCCAGACACUAAACACGCAGACGACUGGUUCAAAAACCAAAGCACACAAGAACUUUUGAGUGAAAUUUCUCUAGACCGACUUUUUUCGGUCUUGCAUAAAACACAUGAAAAUCGUAAAAAUUUGCCAAUAAAUUUAAGAGGAUAUUAUGUACAUAGACUUUUAGUAAAUGCAGUUGCAAUGUGGGCUUCGCCUCGUUAUGCAUGGCAUGUUUACAAACUUCUUGACGAAAUUCAUAGACAAGAACGUGAAGAGAUGGAAAAGAAACUUCAAGCAAAAGAUGAAGUCAUUGAAGCAAAAGAUGAAGUCAUUGAAGCAAAAGACAAAAACAUUCAGAAAAGAAUACCACGUUCGGUACCAAAAGGAAAGGAAAAGAACUAUAAGUAUAUGAUUUAUACUGAAGAGUUGGAGAAAGAAGAAGAUAAAGAUAUGGUUAUGUUGCAUUUA